GGGAAAAACUUCCAUUACCGCUCAGUCCUUAUUCGACAUGAGAUAAUCCACACGAAAGAGAGACCCUACAAAUGCUGUGAGUGUGGGAAAAGCUUCAAUCGUACCUCAGCCCUUAGUAGGCAUCAGCGAAUACACAGAGGAGACAAACCCUAUGAAUGCCGUGAGUGCGGGAAAAGCUUCACUCAGAGAUAUACCCUUAACUCUCAUCAGAGAAUCCACACAGAAGAGCGACCCUAUGAAUGCUGCAAGUGCGGGAAAAGCUUCACUCAGAGAUCAGCCCUUAUCUCUCAUCAGACAAUGCACACAGGAGAGCGACCCUACGAAUGCUGUGAGUGCGGGAAAAACUUCACCCGAAGCUCAAACCUUACUAGGCAUCAGAGGAUCCACACAGGAGAGAGACCUUAUGAAUGCCGUGAGUGCGGGAAAAGUUUCAGUCACUUCUCCUCCCUUAUCUCUCACCAGAGAGUCCACACGGGAGAGAGACCCUAUGAAUGUUGCGAGUGUGGAAAAAGCUUCUCUCGGAGCUCAAAUCUUACUAUGCAUCAGAGGAUCCACACAGGAGAGAGACCCUAUGAAUGCCAUGAGUGCGGGAAAAGUUUCAGUCACUUCUCCUCCCUUAUCUCUCACCAGAGUGUCCACACGGGAGAGAAACCCUAUGAAUGCAGUGAGUGCGGGAAAAGCUUCUCUCGAAGCUCAACCCUUGUUACACAUUACGGAGUCCACACCGGAGAGAGACCAUAUGAAUGCUGCGAGUGUGGGAAAAGCUUCACUCAUAGUUCAGGCCUUUCUAAACAUCAGAGAAUCCAUAAAGGAGACAAACUUCAUAAAAACCUUCUCUAG